AUGGGCAUCAAGACGGCGUUGCCUGCGGCAGAGCUGGGCCUGUACUCCUUGGUGCUGAGUGGGGCCCUGGCCUAUGCUGGCCGGGGCCUCCUCGAAGCUUCGCAAGAUGGGGCCCACAGGAAGGCCUUCCGGGAGUCCAUGAGACCCGGCUGGGAAUACAUUGGUCGGAAGAUGGACGUGGCCGACUUCGAGUGGGUGAUGUGGUUCACCUCCUUCCGCGAUGUCAUCAUCUUCGCCCUCUCCGGACAUGUGCUGUUUGCUAAACUCUGCACGAUGGUUGCCCCCCAGCUCCGCUCCUGGAUGUACGCCGCCUACGGGGCCUUGGCUGUGCUGGGCACGAUGGGCCCUCGGUACCUGCUGCUGCUACUCAGCCACUGUGUCGGCCUCUAUGUGGCUUCACUCUCGGGUCAGCCUUGGCUCUGUCUUGGCCUAGGCAUGGCCAGCCUCGCCUCCUUCAAGCUGGACCCCCUAAUCUCCUGGCAGAACGGGUUUGUAACAGGCACUUUUGAUCUUCAAGAGGUGCUGUUUCACGGGGGCAGCGGUUUCACGGUGCUGCGUUGCACCAGCUUUGCGCUGGAGAGCUGUGCCCACCCGGAUCGCCGCUACUCCCUAGCCGACCUGCUCAAGUACAACUUCUACCUGCCUUUCUUCUUCUUCGGGCCCAUCAUGACCUUUGAUCGCUUCCACAGCCAGGUGAGCCAGGUGGAGCCGGUGAGGCGUGAGGGUGAGCUGUGGCACAUUCGGGCCCAGGCGGGCCUCAGCGUGGUGGCCAUCAUGGCGGUGGACAUCUUCUUCCACUUCUUCUACAUCCUCACCAUCCCCAGUGACCUCAAGUUUGCCAGCCGCCUCCCAGACAGCGCCCUCGCGGGCCUGGCCUACUCAAACCUGGUGUACGACUGGGUGAAGGCAGCGGUCCUCUUCGGCGUCGUCAACACCGUGGCGCGCCUCGACCACCUGGACCCACCCCAGCCUCCCAAGUGCAUCACGGCUCUCUACGUGUUCGCAGACACGCACUUUGAUCGCGGCAUCAACGACUGGCUUUGCAAGUAUGUGUAUGACCAUAUCGGUGGGGAGCACUCUGCGGUGAUCCCAGAGCUGGUGGCCACAGUGGCCACGUUUGCCAUCACCACUCUGUGGCUCGGGCCUUGUGAUAUUGUCUACCUGUGGUCAAUCCUUAACUGCUUUGGCCUCAACUUUGAGCUCUGGGUACAGAAGCUGGCAGAGUGGGGGCCCCUGGCACGAAUUGAGGCCUCGCUGUCGGAGCAGAUGUCUCGCAGGGUCCGAGCCAUCUUUGGGGCCAUGAACUUCUGGGCUAUCAUCAUGUACAACCUUGUAAGCCUGAACAGCCUUGAGUUCACAGAGCUGGUUGCCCGGCGCCUGCUACUCACAGGGUUCCCCCAGACCACCCUGGCCAUCCUGUUUGUCACCUACUGUGGCGUCCAGCUGGUGAAGGAGCGAGAGCGAACCCUGGCGCUGGAGGAGGAACAGGAGCAGGACAAAGAAAAGCCGGAGUAGGUGGGAGGGGGAG